CAUCUGCUAUUGCAACAGAUAGAACCCAUACAAGAGAAAAAACACUCGUAGACGAAUGACUUCUUCAGUAACCACUUUAGCCCUAACACUAGUUCUGAUUUUCCACCUCACGCCGGAAAUAGCCGAAGCUCGCCAUCUCAAUGAUCAGAAGCCUACCGAUGAAAUGAAAUACCUCUUCCCACCGGGGUUACCCUUCACAGGCGUUCCUCCGUUACCGUCACUUUUUCCUCCGUUCCCCGGAAACGUUCCCCGUUUUCCGUUUCCGUUACCGUCACAGUCAUCACCUCCGGCACCACUUGGUCCACUUCCCAGUUUCCCUGGCGUUAACUUUCCUCCCCUGCCAUUGCUCACGCCGCCACCUGAGUGAUUCUAUAGGUUAACGCUGCCGCUAUUAUGAUAAUUAUCCCGUUGGAAUAAACUAUGUACGUGUAGCGUACACAUGGUACUAUGGAUCAUAAUCAUGUGUACUCGAUGAUAUAAAAUAUUAGUGUGUUAUGAAA